GCCCGCCCCACCUCCGCGCGUGACGUCACAACCGAAGCACCGCCCCGCACGCCCCAGGCGCUCCCGCCCGUGUGAGUCCGCGCCGACGAGAUGGCGGCCCUGGAGGCAGCGAGCGCGCCUCUGUCGCCGCUGGAGUGCCACAUCAUCCACGAGGUGUACGACAGCGAGUACGCGCAGGAGCAGUUCGAGCUCGAGCUGGAGCGCGCGCUCGAGUCGCAGUACAAGUACAUCGUGGUGGAGCCGGCGCGGCUCGGCGACGAGACGGCCCGCUGGAUCGCCGUCGGCAACUGCCUGCACAAGACGGCCGUGCUGGCGGGCGCCGGCUGCCUGCUCAGCCCCUUCCUGCUGCCGGCGCCGCACGCCCACCUGCUGAGCCUGCCGGCGGGGCUGCUGUCGGCGAGCUGCGCGGCGCUGUACGGCGUCUCGUGGCAGUUCGACCCGUGCUGCAAGUACCAGGUGCAGUACGAGACGCGCGAGCUGGCGCGCCUGCCGCUGCACACGCUGCGCUCCGCCUCGCCCGUCGUGCUCGUGCGCAAGGACGACACGUACCGCAAGCGGCUGCACAACACGCUGGCGCUCGCCUCCCUCCUCUACUGCGUGCACAAGGUGUGGGAGCUCUACCUGCAGUGAGGGGCGGGGGGGGGGGGCCCCCCGGGUUUG